AUGGGCCACGCUUGUGUGUGGGUUUUUAUACUGUCCGUUUCUCUUUCCCAUCGAAGUGUCACAGCACAAGCUGAAGCAUGCAGGACGGUAGUGCAGGCGGACAUAGUGUUUCUGGUGGAUGAGUCAUGGAGUGUGGGCCAAACCAGCUUCUCCAGUGUUAAAGACUUCAUCUCCACCAUCAUCUCCUCCUUCCAGGACAAUGUGGUGGGAGCUGAGGGCGUCCGCUUUGGAGUCACUGUCUACGGGGAUAUUCCCAGGAUGCGGAUUGCUCUGACAGACUACAGCUCAUUGGAGGAAGUGCUCAGAGCAAUCAGAGACCUUCCCUAUGAGGGCGGAGCCAGCAGAACGGGUGACGCCCUCCAGUUCCUGGUUGACUACGUCUUCAGCCCGGCCAUCACCAGAGACAACGCGCCAAAGAUUGCUGUUUUGAUCACAAAUGGCCGUUCAGAUGACCAGGUUGAUGGCGCAGCUAAAGCAGUGGCUGACAGUGGGAUUUCUCUCUUUGCAGUAGGUAUUAGGGGAGCUGACGAAUCAGAGCUGAGGAUGAUUGUGACAGAGCCGCAUGAGGAGCACCUGUUGCUAGGCACUGACUUCUCUCUCCUGGGAGCGCUUCUGCCCAAACUCUCCCGGAGGUUGUGUCUUACUGCCUCUGAGCCACCGCGCCCAGUGAAAACCAUCCAGCCUGCUGAUGAUCGUGUCGUGGGUCCCAGGGACCUGCAGGUCACUGAGUUGGCCCAUAGCUCCCUCAGACUGACAUGGAGCCAGGCCACAGGAGACGUCACUGGAUACCGACUCCUGGUCACUCCUCUCAGUCCCAAGGGACAGCUCGUGGCUUCACAGCAGAGACUGAUUGAUCUGAAGGGAGACGUAAACACAGCGGUGGUGACAGACCUGACUCCUAAAACAGACUACUCCCUCACUGUCUACGCCAUCUACCCCAGUCUCAUAGGAGACUCUGCUACAGUCACCGUCCAGACCACUCCUUUGCCUCAGGUCUCAAACUUCCGUGUCAUUGAAAAGGGCCUGUUCUCUCUGCGACUGGCCUGGACGCCUCCUCUAGGAAAGCUCAACGGAUUCAAGAUCUUCAUCCCUAGAUCCAAUAGACCGGGAUCUACUUAUGAGCAGCUGCUUCCUGGAGACACCUCGUCCCAUGUGAUUGACAAUCUGGAGGAGGAUAACAAGUACACCGUCAGUAUUUAUGCUGUCUACCCCCAAGGACCAAGCGAGCCUGUCUCCAUAGUGGGCAAAACAUUAAAGCUGAUGCCAGUUCAACAGUUUCUGGUUCAGAAUGCAACCACAGACACAGUCCAGGCGAGGUGGACAGCAGUGCAGGGUGCGACAGGGUACCGCCUGACCUGGGCGUCACCAGAUGGCCACAUAGAGAAUGUAAACCUUGGAGACACCUACAGUUUCUAUAUGAUCCAGGGCCUCAACCCAGGCUCUGAGUACACCAUCACCAUCAACCCCAUAUUCGUAGACAUCGAGGGACCCGUCACCACCACCAGAGCCAAGACAUUGGAGAGCAGUGCAGUCCAGACUCUGAAGGUAUCUGCUGUGAGCACCAGUAGUGCUGUUGUUUCAUGGAACAGUGUCCCAGGAGCCACAGGCUACAGACUGGCCUGGGGACCCACCCCAGAGUUUGUGGGUCGGGACCGUCCCAGGCAGCUGGCACUGAAUGGCAGCACCACAGAGUACCAGCUGAAGAAUGUCAUCCAUGAUACUGAGUACGUCCUGUCUCUCUACGUGCUGUUUGGAUCUGUGGUGGGGCCCGGUAUCACCGCUACCUUCCGUACAUCUCCUUUGGGCUAUGUGUCCAACUUCAAGGUGUCAUCCUAUACCAGCACCUCUAUAGAUGUGGAGUGGAGUCCCAUCGUUGGAGCCACUGAGUACAAACUCUCAUGGAGCACAGAUGGCAGAAGCCCUCAGUCCCGUUACCUGGACCGUACUGUUCUGUUCCAUCGUAUCGAAGAUCUGAGACCAGAGACUACCUACACAGUCAGCAUCCAUGCAGUGUACGGCAACACAGAGGGACCUGAAAUCUCCCUCUCCCAGCUCACAGCUGCAGUAUCAGACUCAGAGUUGAUCCAGGCAGUGAGAGAAGUGAAGGUGGUGGACAUAGGAGUCAACUCCUUCACCCUGGCCUGGAGGAAAACACCAGGAGUAACUGGGUAUAAAGUCUCCUGGAGCCCUUUCCUUGGGGGCGAUGAGAAGUCCCAGCUGGUAUCUGCUGCCACCACCACCUUCACCAUCCCCAGGCUGCAGGAGAGCUCAGCCUAUAAGAUCCAGGUGUCACCCAUGGUGGGAAGCAGAGAGGGGAGCCCGGCUCUGGUCACUGCACGGACCCUGGAUCUUCCUAAAGUGAAUGGCUUUGCUGCUCUGAACACUACAGACAGCAGCACCGUUCUGAACUGGACCAGGGUGGCAGGUGUAUCUGGAUACCUCCUCUCCUGGAGACACAUCUCAGAGUUGGACUCUAAAACAGAGAUUCUGGGCCCAGGUUUCUCCUCCUAUAAGAUCAGUGAUCUGCUGUAUGGCAGAACCUAUAUUUUUACCAUCAGACCCUUGUAUGGAGAAGUGGAGGGACCCAUAAGCACAGUCUAUCAAAGGAUAGUGGCAAAAGGUCCUCUGUUGGUGCCAGUCCAGUCUGUCACAGUGGCCCCCCGCCCCUCUCACAUUACCACCGCCUCACAGACCACCCAGAACCCCAUGGUUAAGCCCCCCACCAAAACUGUCACCACCAAGAAACCAAGUGUCACUGGACCCAACACGACACCAGCCACCACCGUCCGAUUAACCACUUCAACCAGAAGACUGUCUACGUCCAGCACAGAGACCACUGCCCCACCAAGACCAGUGUGUGGUAAGAUGAAAGCAGACAUAGUUUUCUUGGUGGAUGAGUCCUCGAGCAUCGGUGCUAAUAACUUCGUCAAGAUGAAAGACUUCAUAUUCCGGGUGGCCACUUACUUCCCUGUCAUUGGUCCCAAGGGGACUCAGAUAGCUGUUGUUCACUACAGUGAUGAUCCUCGAAUCCAGUUCCGUUUAAUUGACUACAAGGACAGAAACUCUGUGCUCAGGGCACUCAGAGGGCUACGCUACGGAGGGGGCAACACAAAAACAGGAAAAGGCAUCAGCUAUGUGCUGAAGGAGGUGUUCCAGGAGUCUCUGGGCAUGAGGCAGGAUGUGGCUCAUGUUUUGGUUCUGAUCACAGAUGGAAGGGCGCAGGAUGAUGUGGUGCCCCCAUCCAGGAUCGCACACACUCUGGGUGUCAGUGUCCUGGCUGUUGGGGUUGCUAAUGCAGACCUUGAGGAGCUGAGGAAGAUAGCUUCUCCAACCAGCUACAAGAACAUCUUCUACUCUCAGACCUUUGAUGAUUUCCCCUCUAUAGAGAGAGAGUUCAUCAAUAGCAUCUGUAGUGAGGCGCUCCUUUCCGAGUUCAAACAACAUGAUGAGUCGGCUCAGUUGGACACCCCUACUGAAGACCCAGAGGAGCUGCUUAAGCCCCAGGGUCCCUGCCCCUCUGAAUGUGUUAAGGGCCAAAAAGGUGAAAAGGGAGAUGGUUUUGGUUUUGGUUCUGGAGGGCUGAGGUUUAAGCAAAGCUCUGGAGAGUAUAAUCCCUUCAGCCCUUCUAAAGGAGAAAAGGGAGAGAAGGGACCUCCAGGAACAGAUGGUAUUCCUGGGUUGCCUGGGCGACCAGGGAGAACUGGACCCCCAGGUUCUGCAGGCCAACGGGGUCCUCCAGGUGUUCCAGGUGAAAUGGGCCUUCCUGGACUCACUGGUCCAAAAGGACAGAGAGGAGAGAGAGGAGAACCUGGAUAUGUUAUAGGAGGUGCAGAAGCAGGUUACAUCCCUGGACGAAAAGGAGAACCAGGAUCUUCAGGUCCCCAAGGACCGCCUGGUGUACCAGGGGUCUCUGGAGCUCCAGGGCUGCCUGGUCAGCCAGGACCACUAGGGCCUCCAGGAAUCUCUGUCAAGGGAGACGUCGGGGAACCUGGGGCUAAAGGUUUGCGCGGGAAGACGGGGCUGAAGGGAGACAAAGGGGACCACGGGAAAGAUGGUAUUGCAGGCUUACCAGGUCCCAUUGGCAUUGAUGGCGUGCCAGGAUUGCCAGGUCAGAAGGGAGAAAAGGGUGAAGAAGGAAUUGGUAUACAAGGCAUCCAAGGUCCCCGUGGAGAGCCAGGAGAGAAGGGAAAUAUGGGCUUAUCAGGACCAGUUGGCCCCAAGGGCGAAACUGGAGAUCAGGGUAUCCAGGGAAUCAUUGGACCUCGGGGAAAGAAGGGGUUGAAAGGGGAGCAGGGAGAUAAGGGUGACCGAGGAGAGAUAGGACCAAUAGGACCACUAGGACCCACAGGAUUGACUGGGCCAGAUGGACAAAAAGGAGAUGUGGGUCCAAGAGGAGCGCCAGGAGAUCCUGCCAAGGGUAUAAUUGGCCCAACUGGAAAGAAGGGUACCAGGGGUGAUAUCGGUCCAGUCGGUCCUGCUGGGCCCCAGGGAGUAAAAGGACAACAAGGAGACAAAGGAGAAAAGGGCAGUCCUGGGUUUGGGAUCCCAGGACAACAGGGACCAAAAGGAGAGAACGGUGAGAGGGGAAAUGUUGGUUUGUCUGGAAAACCUGGACCAAAGGGGCAGGACGGCUCUAAAGGGGAUACAGGGAAUGUCGGCUUACCUGGCAAUCCUGGAGCUCCAGGAUUAAGAGGUAAAGAUGGCGAACCUGGAGUUAAAGGAGACCAAGGACCUAAGGGUGAGCAAGGUCCAUCUGGAGAGCCUGGUGAAAGAGGAAUUAGGGGUCCACUGGGAUUACCAGGACGACCGGGGGACCCAGGAGAGAAGGGGGAUACUGGGAAGACUGGCUUGUCUGGGACAGAUGGCAAGAAAGGAGAAAAAGGAGAGCCGGGAAAACCGGGGCCACCGGGAGGAGCACACUUUGCUUCAGACAACAAUGUAUUGACCAGAGUGAUCAAGGGUGAGCCAGGGGAACCUGGUGAGCCUGGUCUGAGAGGAGAAACAGGUCUGCCUGGGCCAAGAGGUCCUGAAGGCAAACCUGGACCACCGGGUUCAUCUCUGGGUGUGUCUGGGAUGGGGAGAGAUGGACUGGAUGGACUACCCGGGAAGCCAGGAGCCAAGGGUGACCAGGGACAAAAGGGAGAACCAGGUCUGAGGGGAGAGAAAGGAGACCAAGGUCGGGUGGGGAUCGCUGGAAUGCCUGGCUUACCAGGAACUCCGGGGAGACCUGGAACUGAUGGGAAGAGGGGCCUGUCAGGAAAAGAUGGAGAAAAAGGACCAAAAGGAGAUGAUGGCAAAAAGGGUGACAAGGGAGAGCCAGGUGUAAAUGGUAAAGAUGGUAGCAAGGGGGAACCGGGACCUCCAGGUUUGCCUGGUACGCAAGUGCUUGUCACUCCAGAGGGUGCCACCAUUGAAAACAUCAGACAAGCAUUUCCUAUCCCAAUGGGUCCUCCAGGAGCCACGGGCUCACCGGGAAGGAAGGGAGAUAAAGGGGAGAGAGGCUUGAAAGGAGAGAAGGGUGAUGCUGGAGCCCCUGGAAAAUCAGUUGAGAUGAAGGACAUUGAGGCAAUGUUUGAAGCCUACGGCAUCAGGCUUCCCUUGCUCAAGGCCUUAAUUGACAGACUGCUACAGGAGGGAAUAGAGGAGUUGCUUCAGGUGCUAGACAGCUCCAGGAAAGCAAAAGAGGACAUAGAAACUCACAACUCCAACAUCAUCACCGAGUACACAAGUUCGGUGAAGUUUGACCUCUCCAGCCAGCAGAGGUCACAGAUAGACACCAUAGAAGACCCCGAGUUGAACAGACAGCUUCCAGAGCCUCUCACAGCUGACCUUCUGAAUGAAACUGCAGAGGGCCCUGCCUUGCUGGCCAUCACGUCGCUGAAUGGAGAUCAGGAGCUGGGCAGGAUUGGAGCCAGGUCAAGGGGAACAGAGGGGAAGGGGACGGUGGAUGAGGAUGGCAUUGAAAUAUCCCCACUCAAAAUUAAUCUGACUGUGAUCAACUCUACUUCCAACCACACUGCCACUCAGGAGAAUGUCUCAGGGUUACCAGAGGCAGUGGUGGAGACUGUUCUCCUCACUCGGGACGACUCUGUCAAGAAGAGCUCAGGAGACAAGAAGAGGAACAGGGAGCGUGGGAAGGGCAAAGGAAACAAAGGACGACAUAAGAGGCAGAGACAGCGCCUGGCAAGUGAGCGGGUACAGGGGGAGGAAGAGGAAUUUUACCAUGGUGAAGAUUACAGUUAUGAAUACGAGGGAGAACUUUCCAUCGCCGGCCCCUCAGUCGCUCAGGAGGGGAGAAGGAAAGAGCAGCUUGAAGUCCAAAUGGAAAAUUUGCCCUAUCUGUUGAGUCAAAAUCAGGAGGAACAGCUGCCCACACACAGGCCUGUCCAGCUCAGCCCACUGCCCUCACGCUCAGACAGACAGAUGGCUGCACAGGGUCACUUGACAACCACAGAGCCGCCGUCUCAGACAAACAGUGAUAUAGAAAGGGAGGAAGCGUCGAUGCUUACACCUCCCAUCACAACAGAGGACGCAGACAAGGUGCUUCGAUCCCGAAUCAGGGUGAGGAAAAGCGCCCCCUGGCCUGAUUCGAUGGCUUUCAUGCCGGGUGUCCCAGGUGGAAGAAAUCGAUACAAGGAUGGACAUAAAUCAUAUUCUUCUGGAGCCCAAGGCCACAACAACUGGAAUAAGAAGCGGCAAGCAAGCCCUGACCUUCAAAUCCAAAACAGGAGUGAAAGACAAGAGUGGAGGGAGGAUGAUGGGAGGAUGAUGCAUACAGAAACAAAGGGAGGGGAAGAAAAAGUAGAGAAGGAAGAGGAGGAGGGGGGAUUGGAGGAAGAGACAGCAACAGAAUUCACAGAAACAGUCCCAGAUUAUGGGGAAGAGGAGCGAAGCGGAGACUACGAGUGGGAGACAGAGGAGGACGUGGAUCGAGAGAGGGAAGGGGAGGAGGACCUGGAGAAGGAGAGAGAGAGGGAGCGUCUGGAGAUGGAGAGAGAAAGAAUGGAGCUGGAGAAAGAGAAGGAGGCUGAGAUGGAACUGGAGAGAGAAAAAAUGGAAAAGGAGAGAGAGGAAACAGAUAACGGGAGGGGGCGAGACUUGGAGAGGGAGAGGGAAGAAUGGGAGAGAAGCAGGGCGGAGAUGGAGAGAGGGCAAGAGGGGGAUUAUGAGGAAGAGACUGGAAGGCCAUAUCCAUAUCCUCCAAUGUAUUUUUACCUGAAGGGCGCUCCAGGUGAGGAUGGAAAACAAGGACCAAAGGGGGAAAUUGGUGAAAAGGGACAAAAGGGUGAGCCAGGUAUUGGUCACAGAGGGCCAGUGGGGCAGGCUGGUCCUCCAGGACAAAAGGGUGAGCCUGGUGAGCCAGGACCUCCAGGUGCUCAAGGUAUCCAGGGUAUCCGUGGUAACCCAGGCAUUCAGGGCUCCCCAGGCCUGAGAGGUCAGCCGGGGGAUCCAGGAGAACCGGGCAGAGAGGGGGAAAGGGGGAGACGGGGAAAGAACGGAUUACCUGGAUCUCCUGGACCACGAGGAGCAUCAGGCCCCCUGGGUCCUCCUGGUGUGCCUGGAGUGAAAGGAGAAAAGGGUGACAGUCUGCCAGGUGAGCCCGGUGCCAGGGGUGUGGCUGGGAUCCCAGGCAGACGGGGUGAAAGGGGCAUAGUAGGAGUUAAAGGAGCUCCAGGGCAUAGAGGUCUGAAAGGCUUGCAAGGAAGCAAAGGUGAAAAGGGAGACCGUGGAUCACCUGGAGUCAGAGGAGAGAGGGGCAGCGUGCUUCAAAUCCAAGGUCCCCGCGGAUAUAAGGGCACCAAGGGAGAGGCGGGUGUGCGAGGCCCGCCAGGUUUUGAUGGAGAUAAAGGAGAAAAGGGGGAAGAUGGUCCCCCUGGAUUCAAGGGCCUAAAGGGCGACGCAGGCACGAAGGGUGCAGUGGGACCGUUUGGAGCCCGAGGACCAGUAGGCCAGAAAGGAGAUCCAGGGGAGCCAGGUGCUAAUGGUGUAAAGGGCCGCAAUGGUGAUCAUGGAUUGGAUGGAGCCAAGGGGGAAAAAGGUGAAAUAGGACUGCAAGGACAGAAGGGUGAUCAGGGCAAUUCAGGAGAGCCAGGCUUGCCAGGCGACACAGGGGAGAAGGGGGAGAAGGGAUUCAGAGGCUUACCUGGACGCAUGGGGAGCCCAGGACUGGAUGGAGAAAAGGGUGACACGGGGUUACCUGGCACUCCGGGAAUACCUGGGCUCAAUGGACUCACGGGACGUAAGGGUGAUAAGGGGACUGGAGGGAUCGAUGGUGUGGACGGUGCCCCAGGACAGAAAGGAGACAAGGGGGCAGCAGGUUUCCCCGGCUUCCCAGGGUUCAAAGGGUCAGCAGGGAGUCCAGGGAGGGAUGGAGACCCGGGAAGACCAGGACCCUCAGGAGCCCGAGGGGACACAGGACCUAAGGGAGAGAGGGGCAGAAGAGGCAGAGGAAAGCCUUGUCAGCGAGGACCACCUGGGACUCCUGGAAAUAAAGGGGACAGUGGGAAGGUGGGGGAUGAAGGACGCAAGGGGGACAAGGGGGAGCCUGGACUCUCUGUUGAAAAAGUGAAGGAGCUUGUCACCCAAGAGGUGGCAGAAAAGUGCGGGAUGGAAUACCAGCUCUUAGUGAAGUCCAUGGAUCCAGAUAAAGAGACCGUGGUGACUGAGAGUGACAGCAAGCCAGAGGACACUGUAUCGUUGUUCACUAGUGAGCAAACUGAGGAGGGGAUGGGAGAGGAAGAUGAUGAAGAGGAAAAGAACACAUUUGGAGAUGGACUGGGAGAAAUGGCCAGUCUGGCCCCUGUAGUCCUCAGAGAAGAGGGGAUCCCAUCAAACCACACUGAUUUUGGCGGGGAAAGGAGUGUGGAGUCGGGACAGAGGAAGAAGAGAAGGGUAUUUGGAGAAAAGACGACUGGCUCGGCUGCUGAUCGCUGCCUAGAGCCAAUGUCGGAGGGCGGCUGUACGGAGUUUGUUCUGCUCUGGUACUUCCACCGUCGCUCAGGGGAAUGCAGGCCCUUUGUGUACGGGGGCUGUGGUGGCAACCAAAACCGAUUCCCCUCAAGACAGGAGUGCCAGAAGUGGUGUGUUACGGAGGGGAGAGGCCUUGAACCCUGGAGAUGAAGCCAACAACUGCCAAACAAAAUGCUUAUUUUGUACAUGACAGUGAAGAAUGUUAUCAAAAUGUUUUAUAAUGUUUUUUUUUAUGUAUAUAUCACAAGG